GUGAAUGGAAAUAUCGUGGAUUAAUCUGACAGCGGGAGGAGAUAAUGAAGUCGAGGGUAAACAGACGGAGUUAAAACACGUUUCCCUGCAAAAUAGUUAAACACAGACCUUCCCAUAGGUGGCGAAUUCUGAAGAAUGAUUUGCAUUCAUUGAGGUGGGAGGUCAUGAAGCCAAAAAUUCAUGUAAAUUGGGCAAAUGUUGAAAUCUCAAUUUCAAACUUAAGCUUCAUGGGAACAAAAUGAAAUGAGAGAAACACUGGAAGAAUAAAAGCACUUGCUUUGCAAUCCCUAAGCAUGGCGGGACUACAGCUUGUGACCCCUGCUUCAUCACCAAUGGGUCCCUUCUUUGGACUCCCUUGGCAACAAGAAGCAAUCCAUGAUAACAUUUAUACACCAAGGAAAUAUCAGGUUGAACUUCUUGAAGCAGCUCUAGAACACAAUACUAUUGUCUGCUUAAAUACUGGCUCAGGGAAGACAUUUAUUGCAGUACUUCUUACAAAAGAGCUGUCCCAUCAAAUCAGGGGUGACUUUGGCAAACAUGGGAAAAGAACAGUAUUCUUGGUAAAUACAGCAUCGAAUGUGAUUCAGCAGGCAGCAACAGUUGAAACCCAUUCAGAUCUUCUGGUUGGGAAAUAUACCAGUGUUGAAAUGACACACACUUGGACAAAAGAGGAAUGGAACCAUGAAAUAACAGAAAAACAGGUUCUUGUUAUGACUUGCCACAUCUUUUUGCAUGUAUUGAAGAAAGGAUAUUUACACCUAUCUAAAAUCAAUCUGCUUGUGUUUGAUGAAUGUCAUCUCGCAAUUACGGACCAUCCCUAUCGGGAAAUUAUGAAGAUGUGCGAGGACUGCUCAUCCUGUCCUCGAAUACUGGGUCUUACUGCUUCCAUUUUAAAUGGGAAAUGCGACCCCUCAGAGCUAGAGGAGAAGAUUCUGAACCUUGAGAGAAUCUUGAAGAGCAGUGCAGAAACUGCUACGGACCUCGUUGUGUUAGAUAGGUACUCAUCUCAGCCUCGUGAAGUUGUUUUAGAUUGUGGACCAUAUGUGGACAAAAGUGGGCUCUGCGAAAGACUCUUUAAUGAGCUGGAUGAAGCACUCAGGUUUCUGAAUGACUGCAACGUAUCUGCACUUCGUGAAGAUAGAGAUCCAACAUUUAUUUCCAAACAGGUGUUGAGUGAUUGCCAAGCAGUGUUGACAGUUCUGGGACCUUGGUGCGCAGACAAAGUAGUUGGAAUAAUGGUGAGGGAACUGCAGAAAUACAUCAAGAACGAGCAGGAGGAGUUGAACCGGAAGUUGUUAUUGUUUACAGACACCAUAUUGAGAAAAAUCCAUGCACUCUGCGAAGAGCACUUCUCGUCUGCCUCACUUGACCUAAAAUUUGUUACCCCUAAAGUAAUGAAGCUGCUUCAGAUCUUGCAUGAAUACAAACCGUAUGAGCGGCAGCAGUUUGAGAGUGUGGAGUGGUACAACAACAGAAACCAGGAUAAUUAUGUUUCUUGGAGCGAUUCCGAGGACGAGGAUGAGGAUGAAGAAAUUGAAGAAAAAGAAAAACCUGAAGCCAAUUUUCCUUCCCCUUUCACCAACAUAUUGUGUGGGAUAAUUUUUGUGGAGCGACGCUACACUGCAGUGGUCUUAAACAGGCUAAUAAAGGAAGCUGGAAAGCAAGACCCUGAACUUGCUUACAUCAGCAGCAAUUUCAUAACUGGGCACAGUAUUGGGAAGAAUCAACCUAGAAACAAACAGAUGGAGGUGGAGUUCAGAAAGCAAGAAGAGGUGCUUCGGAAGUUUCGUGUUCAUGAGACCAAUUUGCUUAUUGCAACUAGUGUUGUGGAGGAGGGUGUUGAUAUUCCAAAGUGCAAUUUGGUGGUUAGAUUUGAUUUGCCAACAGAAUAUCGUUCUUACGUUCAGUCUAAAGGUCGAGCAAGAGCCCCUGUUUCAAAUUAUGUCAUGCUGGCUGACACUGAAAGAACCAAAACUUUUGAAGAGGACCUGAAAACAUACAAAUCCAUAGAAAAGAUCCUUAGGAACAAGUGUUCAAAGGCAACGGAUUACAGUGAAUUAGAAGUUGAGCCUGUUUUGGACGACGACAACAUUUUACCACCGUAUGUACUGCGAUCUGAAGAUGGAGGCCCACGAGUUACGAUUAACACAGCCAUUGGGCAUGUUAACAGAUACUGUGCACGAUUACCAAGUGAUCCAUUUACCCACCUUGCCCCAAAAUGUAAAACGAUGGAACUGAGGAAUGGGAGCUACCGGUCCACUCUCUACCUUCCUAUCAAUUCACCUCUCCGAGUUCCUGUGACUGGACCUACUAUGAGUUGUGCAAGACUAGCUGAGAAAGCUGUGGCCCUUCUUUGCUGUGAAAAAUUACACAAAAUAGGUGAACUUGAUGAUCACUUGAUGCCUGUUGGGAAAGAGACAGUGAAGUAUGAGGAGGAGUUGGACUUGCAUGAUGAGGAAGAAACCAGCGUGCCAGGGAGACCGGGCUCUACAAAACGCAGGCAGUGCUAUCCAAAAGCUAUUCCAGAAUGCUUGCGGAACAGUUACCCUGUACCUGAGAAACUGUGCUACCUUUAUGUGAUCGGUAUGGCACUGACCACUCCUCUCCCAGACGAGCUAAACUUUAGGAGAAGGAAACUGUAUCCUCCAGAAGAUACUACCAGAUGCUUUGGGAUACUGACUGCAAAACCAAUACCUCGGAUUCCUAACUUUCCAGUGUACACUCGUUCUGGAGAAGUUACCAUAUCCAUUGAACUGCAGAAAUCUGGCUUCACCUUGAGUGCCCAGCAGUUAGAGCUGAUUACCAGACUUCAUCAGUACAUUUUCUCUCACAUUCUUCGUCUUGAGAAACCUGCACUAGAGUUUAAACCUACAGAGGCAGAUUCAACCUACUGUGUACUACCUCUUAAUGUUGUUGAGGACUCCAACACCUUGGACUUGGACUUUAAGUUUAUGGAAGAGAUUGAAAAAUCGGAGGCACGUGUAGGCAUUCCUAACACACAGUACACAAAGGAAAAUCUUUUCAAUUUCAAACUGGAGGACUACCAGGAUGCAGUUAUCAUUCCACGGUAUCGCAACUUUGACCAGCCUCAUCGCUUCUAUGUAGCUGAUGUCUACACAGAUCUUACACCACUUGGUAAAUUCCCAUCCCCAGAGUAUGAAACCUUUGCUGAGUACUAUAAAACUAAGUAUAACCUUGAUCUGUCAAACCUCAACCAGCCGCUUUUGGAUGUGGACCACACUUCUUCAAGACUGAAUCUGUUAACUCCUCGACACCUAAAUCAGAAAGGUAAAGCACUUCCCUUGAGCAGUGCAGAAAAGAGGAAAGCUAAGUGGCAGAGUCUGCAGAAUAAACAGAUUUUGGUUCCUGAACUCUGUGCAAUCCACCCCAUCCCAGCUUCAUUGUGGAGGAAAGCAGUCUGCCUCCCCAGUAUCCUCUAUCGUCUGCACUGCCUUCUAACAGCAGAGGAACUGAGGGCCCAGACGGCCAUUGAUGCAGGUGUAGGGGUCAGAACUCUUCCUCCUGACUUCAGGUACCCAAACUUGGAUUUUGGUUGGAAAAAUUCUAUUGACAGCAAGUCUUUCAUCUCAAGUCCUAGCUCUUGCACAGAAGAGGAAAAUUACUGUAAGCACAGCACAACUGUAGUCCCUGAAAAUGCUGCACAUCAAGGUACUAAUAUAGAAAACUCCACAUCAGAGUGGUGUAACCAAACGCCCAUGAACAAUAAAGCUUCUUUUGAAAAGUCAUCUGACAAGCUUUAUGUAACCAGCCCCUCUGAGCAGAGCAGAGAUAAAAAUACCUUUGUUUGUGCUAAGAGUCUCACAAAUGGCACUGCUGAUGACCUGCAAGAAGAUAAUGAUUGCCAGCAUUAUUCGCUAACCUCCCACAAGAGUGAAAUGUCUUUAAAAUCAACUACCUCAGUUCCCAAGCCGAAUACACACAGCAUUGAGAACCAGCUCAUGCCCAGCAUUGAAUGUACUCUUACAAGUAAUAAAACCCUUGAUGGACAUGUAAAAAAAUCUACCUCGGAAGAUUGCCUGGGAGUGACGGCCAGUUCCUCAGCACCUUUAGCAGUUUAUCCAGAUAUGUUGGAACUUGCGGUCAGCCCUGUUUGUGGUGACUCCCCCAAAAACCUUGGCCCAAACCCUGGUCUUAUACUACAAGCCUUGACCCUCUCCAACGCCAGUGACGGGUUUAAUCUGGAAAGGCUAGAAAUGCUUGGUGACUCCUUUCUGAAGCAUGCAAUCACCACCUACUUGUUUUGUACAUAUCCUGAUGCCCAUGAAGGCCGUCUGUCAUACAUGAGGAGUAAAAAGGUCAGUAAUUGCAACCUGUAUCGCCUUGGGAAGAAGAAAGGCCUCCCAAGCCGUAUGGUGGUUUCAAUUUUUGAUCCACCGGUGAACUGGCUCCCUCCUGGGUAUCUGGUUAACCAGGACAAAAGUGGUGAAGAUAAAUUGGAUGCAGAUGAAAUGAUGGAAGAUGACCAGUUGGCCAACGGUACAACUGAGGAAGACUAUGGGGAUGAAGAGGAUGAAGACGACGAUGACCUAAUGUGGAAGGAACCGAAGGACGAGGUCAAUGUUGAAGACGAUUUGGAAUACUACCAGGAGCACAUCAAAUUCAUUGAUAACAUGCUGAUUGGUUCUGGAGCCUUUGGAAAGAAGAUAUCCCUUCCAGCCUUUCCAGCUGCAGAGCCCAGCUAUGAAUGGAAAGCCCCUAAAAAGUCUUCCCUUGCUAAUGUCCAGUAUCCCUCUGAUGGUGACGAGUUUGAUUACAGCUCUUGGGAUGCCAUGUGUUACCUCGACCCCAGCAAGGCUGCCGAAGAGGAUGACUUUGUAGUUGGGUUUUGGAAUCCAUCUGAGGAAAACUGUGGGGCCGACCAAGGCAAGCAGUCCAUCUCUUAUGACUUGCACACUGAGCAGUGUAUUGCUGACAAGAGCAUUGCGGACUGUGUGGAAGCUCUUCUUGGAUGCUAUCUGACCAGUUGUGGAGAGAGAGCAGCUCAGUUGUUCCUUUGCUCUCUUGGCUUAAAAGUGCUUCCUGUUGUAAAGAACAGUGAGGUUGUUAGCACCUGUAAUCAAACUGAGCUCAGCAAGGGAAAGGCUAAAGAUGUGGAGUAUGACUGGUUGAAGAUUCCCCCAAGAUGUAUGUUUGAUCACCCAGAUGCUGAAAAGACCUUGAACCACCUGAUAUCAGGAUUUGAAAACUUUGAAGAGAAAAUCAACUAUACCUUUCAAAACAAGGCCUACCUUUUGCAGGCUUUCACCCAUGCUUCUUACCACUACAAUACCAUUACAGAUUGUUACCAGCGGUUGGAGUUCCUUGGAGAUGCAAUAUUGGACUACCUCAUAACCAAGCACCUUUAUGAAGAUCCACGGCAGCACUCUCCUGGAGUGCUGACUGACUUGCGAUCUGCCCUCGUCAAUAACACCAUAUUUGCUUCUCUGGCUGUAAAGUAUGACUAUCACAAAUACUUUAAAGCGGUCUCUCCUGAGCUGUUCCAUGUGAUUGAUGACUUUGUGCAAUUUCAGCUGGAAAAGAAUGAAAUGCAAGGGAUGGAUUCUGAGCUAAGACGAUCUGAAGAAGAUGAUGCAAAAGAAGAAGAUAUUGAAGUGCCUAAAGCAAUGGGAGACAUCUUUGAGUCCCUUGCUGGGGCACUUUACAUGGAUAGUGGGAUGUCUUUGGAGACCGUGUGGCAAGUGUACUAUCCAAUGAUGAGGCCACUAAUUGAGAAAUUUUCUGCUAAUGUUCCUCGUUCUCCAGUACGUGAGUUGUUAGAGAUGGAGCCAGAGACUGCCAAAUUCAGCCCUGCUGAAAGGACCUACGAUGGGAAAGUCCGGGUCACAGUGGAAGUCGUAGGGAAGGGAAAGUUCAAAGGCGUCGGUCGAAGCUACAGGAUAGCCAAAUCGGCAGCAGCACGGAGAGCCCUGCGGAGUCUCAAAGCGAAUCAACCUCAGGUCCAAACCAGCUGAGCAUCAGGCUCAAGAUGUCAUUAAAUUAAAAGCAAAUUGUGAGCAAAAGCUGAAGAAACAAACAAAAAAAAACAAAAAAAACACACAAC